AUGGCUUUUGCCCCCAAACUUGGCUGUCCUAUGUGCAGCAUCGUAUCGGCUGCGUCGCAUGCCACUCCUAAUUCGCCCCGUUCCCCUUCGUUUCCCCCAGGCUCAACGCAACCCGAAGUUUUAUGGCGCGACGACAACUUUACAGCCUAUAAAGAAAAGGCAAAUCCUGUUUCCAGUCAGGGGCAUAUCAUUGUAGCCUUCAAUUUGCAUGUACCAUCAAUAUAUACCCUUUCGUCCACUGACCUACCACUCCUCGUCAACGUACGAAAUCUUGCCACCCGUCUGCUUGCCUCAUUCCUCACCCCAUCUUCACCGCCUACGCCCUCCGUUCUCCCUCCUGUUCCCAAAGAUUCAAACCAACAAUUCCGUAUUGGUUUUAUCACACCCCCUUUUAAAGACAACAAAAUUCCUAUAACCGAUCAUCUGCAUGCGCAUGCUUUCAUUGGUCCCCCCGAUUUGAUGGGUUGGUGGAGGGGUAUCGCGUAUGGGCCUCUGGCUUGGUACUCUAUCGAAGAUUUGAUCGCUGAGAUUAGGGAAUCGGUUUCAAAUAAUCGCGUCAAGUCGGGUUAUGAAAAUCGUCAGAGAGCACCUAUCGACAUGGUUCCUCAAGCCGGCGCACGAGCUGGUACGGCAGACGGAAUUGAGACAACCGAACCUGGACUGGCAAACCUGAACGAUCUUGAAGACGGCCAACGAACUCCAGUUACUCUAGGUCCGCGGUCACCGAAUUCUUUGUCUCCCCAGAGUCAGAUACCCCACUUACGCGUUUAA